CAGGCCGCAGCCCUCGGCGGGGGGCCCGGCCACGACGCGGGCGCCGCCUUCGCGUUCCAGCAGCCGCGCGGGACCGCGGCGGCCGCCGCACGCGGCGCUCCCGAAGCUGCCUCCGCCGCGCCGCGGGGCGCGCAGCCUCCGGGCUACGCCAACGUGCGGCCGCCGGCCUGCGCACCGCAGCCGGCGGGCAGCGCGGCGCCCGCCAGGGACUCGCUGCGCCCGCUGGCCCGGCAGCAGUCCUCGGCCUUGCUGCCGAGAAACCUGAGCCCCUGCCCGUCGCAGCAGGGCCUGCUGCCCCCCGGCCAGCCGCCGCCACCCGCCUCGCCCAGCGAGGCGCGGGCGGCGUCGCCGCUAGGCGACGAGAGAAGAACCUACCACCGACAGAACACUUACGCGCACCUGGGCCGCGCAAGCUUUGGUACGGGCACCCUGCAGGCGCCGCCCACGUCCGGGCAGGCGGUUGCCGCCCAGCCGCUGCCCUUCGCGCCAGGCGUGCGCGCCGCGGCGCAGGCGCAGCCGCCGCCCACCGCGGCGCGCCUGCACGCGGCGGCGCCCUGCCCGCACCUCGGGCUCGACGGCGCAGGCCACCUGCCGCAGGCCACGUCGCCCCUGCCAGGCCGGGGCCGCGACCUGUCGCCCCUGAACGCCCGGCACGCGGUGCCGCCGCGGGCGGGCUGCCCCGACGCCCCGUGCGCGCCGGCGUCCGGGGGCCCGGCGCGGCACCUGUGGCCGCAGCCUGGGAACCUCGGCGACUUCCACGCGGCCGCCCGGGACGCCCUGGCGGUGGCGCGGGCCCGGCAGCGCUCGCUGUCGCCCAUGCCAUCCGCGUGCAGCCGGGGGUCGCUGGACCGAAGGACGCUGGACCGGCAGGCUCUAAUGACUGGCGCGCUGGUCACCAGUGCGGGAGAUAACCAAUCUCUUGGGCGCCACUGGGCCAGGUAGUCGCCAUCACAAGCACGCUGCUGCUGCAGGAAUGAAAGUUACCCUCUCCCUACGCUUCUGGUGCCGCUGCGUUAUUACACGUUCAAUCUCGUUUAAGUCAUUCACGAUGUAUCCACUUCUUCUGCUGGCGAAGUUGAAGGACAAGCUGCCAGUUUCGAGCGUGCCGUAGGCACCCUACACGGGCUUGCAACCCCAUAGGUAUCCAGCUGCCUCUCUCCACCUCCCCUUGAGCUAGACAUUCUGCGGGUGACUCUCUCGAGUUUCUUCUUUUCGUGCCCCUCGCGACCAGGGCGGUAAUCGACAGCUCUGGGUCGCACGGGUCGGGUCGCUUGCGGUUCCCCAGUCUUCGGUCGAACUUGCGGGGGGGG